AUGAGAUUAAAUAAGCAUAAACUGGAACAACUCAAGGCAAAAUCCAAUCUAAAUAAGAAACAAUGUGACUAUUUAAAUGAACAGAUUCAAUUAGGUAAUAUAUGCCUUGAUAAUUUGGUAUUAACGAAUAUGGAAAGUUUCAAAAUAAAUUUACAAGGAGUAGAAGAAGUGAUCCACUUUUGUAUAUUAACUAGAAAAGAUGUUGAUGAAAAGUUUUUAUUAGAUAUAUUAGAGCUAACACGUAGAAAUAUGAAGGAUCUAUAUGAUAAUAAUCCAUGGGGGGAAGAUUGGAAAGGUGGAUGGAAUGAUGAACUUAAACUUAAUGAACUGAGUCAUAAGAUGUGUUACUACAUUGUAGCAUAUACCAAGGAUAGUUUAAAUAAGAUAUUGUAUGAUAAUGAAGGCACAUACAUACAAUCUAGUGAUUCUUUAUGUAAUCAUAGAUAUGGUCAGUUGGACAGCCCUAUGAGUUUCCGAAAUAUUCUUGGUUUUCUUUCUUUUAAGAUUGAGUUAGAAUAUAGUAUAAAUAUCUGUACAAAAUAUUUAGUUGGCUAUAUGUAUGAAUUACAAGUUUUAGUGAAGGGGAAAGGUAUUGGUAAACACCUUGUUGAUAUAUUUUAUUCUUUAUGCAAGGCUUUAAAGUUGGAGAAGCUGAUGUGCACAGUUUUAAAUUGCAAUAUCAAAGCUAUUGAAUUUUAUAAAAGAUGUCAAUUUACUAUUGACGAGAUAUCUCCUAAAAAUAAACCAUAUAGCAUUUUGUCUAGAAUAGCAAUUGAAUAG